AUGCCGUACGCGUGCAAGAUUGUGUCCAAGGAACUGACAUCGGCUGUCUACCGCGCCAAGUUCCUGCCCCGUGAGCUGAAAAUUGUCGCUACCCUUCGACAUCCGCACAUUACCUGCGUCAACGAAAUCAUUGAUCUGCCGUCAAAAGUAUUCAUCAUCAUGGAGUUGGCCACCGGCGGGGAUCUUCUAGAGAAAAUUUUGAAAGUGAAGCGGUUCAAAGAGAAGAGGGCGUCCCGAUACUUUAUGGAGAUGGCCAGCGCCUUGGCCUACCUACACUACAAGGACAUUGCCCAUAGGGACCUCAAGUGCGAGAACAUCCUACUCACUUCAACAAACCGAGUAAAGUUGGCCGACUUCAGCUUCGCACGUUACUGCACGGGAGAAAGUGGCAACCCGAAGGAGCUGAGCGCCACAUUCUGCGGUAGUGAAGCAUACGCGCCUCCCGAAGUGCUGCAGGGUGUUCGGUACCGGCCAAAGAAGGCAGACGUGUGGUCACUAGGCGUCAUACUUUUUGUCAUGGUCACCGGGCUCCUUCCGUACGAGUCAGAGUGCGUGCCCCACCAAGUUCGUCUGCAGAUGACGCGCACUCUUCGCUUUCCGCAGGUAUAACCAAUAGAGUUUGCUAAGUAUCGUGUGCUGAACGCAUGUACUCAAGAGAGAAUGACCAGUAAAGAAAGCAUAACUUG